AGACACUCCCUGCGAAGAAUAGAAUAGAACAGAACUCGUCCCCCUCUUUUGGGCGCUCUACCGUUGCUUGGAUUUCUCUUCGGAGCUGAAUUGUGGUGUUAAUGGAGUAUUUUGCCGCGGAAUUAACGGCGGGAGACAAUGGAGCUUUCAAUAGUUCGAGCAGUAAUAACUGCGUGCAUUUUGCGGUGGACGAUUUGCUGGAUUUUUCCAAGGAGGAUGAAACAAUGACCGACGCUUUUUUUGAUAGCUUAGGGGGGAAUUCCGUUGAGUCGUCGACUGUCACGGCGGUUGAUAGCUGCAAUUCGUCGGUCUCAGGCGGCGGAGACGCUCAGUUCAACGGAAACGCUAGCUCACGCAGCUUUAACGAAUCGCAGUUCUCCGGCAAUGAGCUCUGCGUUCCGUAUGAUGAUUUGGCGGAGCUCGAGUGGCUUUCGAAUUUCGUGGAGGAAUCGUUCUCAACCGACGACCUCCACUUCAUCCCAACCACAGCCGCCGCGAAAAUCGCCACCGUAGACACCUCUUCCUCCGCCACUACCACCACCACCGCCUCACCGCCUCCAGUUUUCCCCUCCGACGUCUCCGUCCCCGGCAAAGCUCGCAGCAAACGCUCACGCGCCGCUCCCUGCGACUGGUCCUCCCGCCUCCUCCACCUCUCCCCCUCCGCCUCCGCCAAAGCGGCGGCGCAGAAGAAGCCGCGCGAGCCGGCGGAGACUCCCGGGCGGAAAUGCCUCCACUGCGCGUCGGAAAAGACGCCGCAGUGGAGAACAGGCCCAAUGGGCCCCAAAACCCUGUGCAACGCAUGUGGGGUCCGCUACAAAUCGGGUCGACUGGUACCCGAAUACCGACCCGCGGCCAGCCCCACUUUCAUUUCCGCAAAGCACUCCAAUUCGCACCGCAAAGUCCUGGAGCUCCGGAGACAGAAGGAGCUCCACAGACACCAGCACCUAAUCAAUCAGGCCCCAAUUUUCAACGGCUGCGAUGAGUUCCUCAUCCAUCAUCAUCAUCAUCAUCAACAUCGAAGUAACAUCAACGGCCCAGAUUUAAGGCACAUGAUCUAGCAUCUGUACUAGCCUCCUCUAAUUUCUCAUAACCCCCCAAUUUUUCUUCUAAUUCCCAAUCCAAUCGUUUAGACAUAUAUUUCAAUUUUAUUUUAUUUUAUUUUCAUGGUCAUUUUUCCCAAGUUAAAUAUAGAAUUAAUUGUCACAACUCAGCUCAGUUGUACUCUCUUCGUUCUCUAAGUUCCAAUUUAAAGUUAUUUCCCUCA